AUUUUAAUGGGAAAUUGUGUUUAAGAGAGAAAACCUUAACAUACUCUUUUUGAUGCUCAAGAAUUAAAAAAGCUUAAUCAAGUUUUUGAUCAUUAUUGUGAUUUAUAAACAGAGUAUCAUUAUUAUAAUAUUGUAGCACUCGCAAAAACAGACACCUAUCAUAGUAAAGCUUUGAAGAAAUCUUCGUUGAGAAUGCUGAUUUUGGUAGAAAGUUCUUUCGCUUUCUAGAGGUUUAUGGUUAAAAAGAAAAAUAUAUACAUAGAGAUGUGCUAUUUUACAUUUGUAAUUAUUAUUUAAUAACGAAUAGUGGAGGUUCUCAUAAAAGAUGCUUCAUCUGUCAAUUAAUUAAAAAACUUAAAUAAAAUAGAACUAUUUUCACUAAUAAGCUUAAAAUCAAGUCAAUAUAUUAACAAUAAAGAAGAAUUACAUUCUUUCAAAAUUACAUAUCUAGAUGCUAUUACCAUAAUUAAUGAUAUUUUAAAAAUAAGAUUGCAUGGAGAUAAUUUUUAGAAUAUAGAUGAAAAAGCUAGCAGAGCAUUUUUGGAUUCAUUAUUUAAAUCAGAAAAUGGAAUUAUAGAUUGGUUUGAAUUGAUAAAACAAUUGAGAAUUCGUCUUGGGGGAUUAUCAGGAGUAAUCAAAUAAUAUAUGAAAACUAAAUUCUUCUUAUUAGAAAAGUCUCUUGAAAUACCUUAAAUGAAUACAACAUCAUAUUUAUUAAAUGAAGAUUUGAUAUUUUAACUUUAGCUUAGUGCUCAUGAAACUAAAUUAAAAGGGGCCAUAAAACUAGAACUUUUAUAUUCCAAUCUAGUUCACAAUGGAGGAUUCAAAUAAAUGGUAAAUAAUAUUAUUUAGUCUGGAUUACCAACAUUAAUAUUAUUACAACAUGAGGAAAUAUAUGAAGCACUCCAUGAUAAAAGUAAUAUCUAAAAAACAUAUACAUUUGGUGCUAUAUCUAAUUAAAGAUGGUUUGAUACUGCAUUACCUUAAGGUGAUAAUAAAGAUUGUAUAUUUUCUUUAUAUCCAUAUUUUGUUGUAUAUUAACCAAAGAAAGAUAGAACUGCCAAAAAGAACUUUUGUUAUCUUAAUACCAAAGAUAUUUCCAAACCUUAGGGUAUCGGUUUUGGAUUAGAUGAAAAUAAAUUUAGAAUUUGGAUUGAUAAAGAUUUAAAUAAAUCUACUUGUUCGUCUGAAGACUUAAGUUAUGAAAAUGGUGAUCUUGUUCAUAGACAUAUUAAAAAAUUAAAAGUUUUAAUUUAAAACCAUUUUAGAUUGCUGUGAUAGAAGUUUGGGGUAUAAUACCUCCAGCCAUUGAGGAACAAAUUGAAGAUCAUAAAAUUGCUAAUGCUGAACCAGAGUAUUAAUAAUUUGAAAUCUAUGCUACUGAUGAAAUUGAAAAUCAACAACACUUAGAGUAAUCAAUUUAUUAAAUUCUUUAGAUCAAAAGCUGAUUAUUAUUGGUCAAAUAAAUAAUAAGAAGUUAAAAUUGAAACUACUGGAACUAAUAACUUUUAUUGGAAUAAUGCAUAAACUGCUAAACCUAAUCUAUAAUACAAUUCAACCCUUACUAAAAGUCAACCAGUUAUUAAUCCUUAUUCUAAUUAAAGAUUAUCAGCUGAAGAAUAAAAAAUUGCUGAUUAACUUGUUGGAAUAAAUACUACUAACUAUAAUUAAUAAUAAUAAGAAUUUAUUACUUAAACUACUAUUACUAGAAGAAGCAAUUUAUAAAGACCAGUUUUAGAUUUUAAAUAAAAAACAACUUAUGAAUAAGAAAUCAUACCUAAAAGACAAGAUUAUAUCUCUGAAACUAAAAGUUAAAAACAGUAUUUAAUAAAUUAUUCAAUUUAGUGAAAUUUUUGGAACUAACAUUGUUGAAUCAUAAUAUCCUAGAUAGACUACUAAUGAAAAGGUAUAUUCAACCAAUUCAAGUUUAAAUUAGUCAAAAGGAAGAAAAACUGCUGACUAAAUUAUAUAAGAUUAUGAAUCAAGAAAAAGCAGGAGAAAUUAUUGA